AGACAUACACCUCAUUCAAAAUGAAAUUCGUAGUAUUUUUAGUUCUUAUCGCCGUGGCCUUUGCCGACCGGCUGUAUGAGGCCCCUGCGGCUCGUGCUGACUCCGACGAGAUCGCCAUCUUGAGGGACGACCGUGUGAUCGAGGACGACGGAAGGUACAACUUCGACAUGGAAACUGCCAACGGAAUCGUCAUGUCUGAGUCUGGCUCUCCUGUAGGUGACGAGGGAGCCAUCAACAGUGCCGGCUCUUUUUCGUACACUGCUCCAGACGGCACUAAGGUCCACCUCCAGUACGUAGCUGACGAGCGCGGCUUCCAGCCACAGGGUGACCACCUGCCAGUGGCUCCCGAGUUCCCCCACCCAAUCCCUCAGUUCGUCCUCGACCAGAUUGCCUUCGCCGCUGAGGAGGACGCUCGCAAUGCCCGUGGAGAAGUCUCCCGCUCCUAUGGUGCUCCUCAUGAUGACUAAUCAAUUUAUCUCGAUUGCGACAAUUACCUAAGAUGAAGAUUGUAUGUAUGUGUAUGUAGUUUAUUUAUUGUUACGUGAAUAAAUUUUGGCGUUGUAUUUAA